AUGGCCUCGCCAUUCUAUUUUCUGAUCUCCUGUCAGGAACAAGUAUACAAGCGCGUACAGCACUAUGCUGAAGAGGCAACUGAAGAUGUGAAAGAGCGAUACCAGGCUGCCGCAAACUCGUUCCGUCUUCCAUACUGGGACUGGGCACUGGGAGAGGGCGACGGCCCAAUUCCUGACUUCUUCACUGCACAAAUGAUCAAUGUCACGAGACCCAAUGGCCAGCAACAAGAACUCUGGAACCCACUCUACGCUUUUUACUUCCAUCCGCUAGUGCCCGGAGACUUUGAGAGCAAGGUACGUAACGUCGACCGCCUCUACGCAAUCUACCAAGCCCAGCAUCCCGAUCGGCCCUUACAGCCCUCAAACAUCGGCCAGAACGGCAACGUCUGGCUCGAAAAUGACGCGACCGUCAAUGGAAAUACUUCUCUCUUACCGUUCCGCAAGGCUUCGGGCGGCUUCUGGACGCCAAACGACGUGGAGAUGACGGAAACAUUUGGUUACGCAUAUCCCGAGACGUUCAAGGCGGCCCCGCAUAUGAACGAAUAUGUGAACGAACAUGAAGGAGAAGAUGAAGAAGAUGAAGAAGAUGCGUGGGAAGAUGAGGAAGAGGACUGGGACCUUUCAGCCCGCGCAUCCGCCUCGGUCGCUCGUCUGUACAGUCCCAGUGCCAGAAACAUGCUCACCGCCAAUCCAGCAACUGCAGGAGGCACCGUGCAACUCGUGACGAACGGCACAUUCACGGACUGGGCCAUCGCCACUGAAGCUCUGGCCCACGAGCUCCCGUCCACGUUCAUCGUGCGCUUCUUACUGACUGGCGACUUCUCGUCCGAUCCCAGCGUCGAUGUUGGUAGCUGGGUCAACGCCAUGCCCCAAAGCCACGAAGAGAUGAGGAAGAGAACUGCGACGACCGAACAGACGUACAAAAGCAGCAUCAGUCUGACGAGCAGUUUGCUAGACCAGAUCAAAGCUGGUAAACUUGAAUCGCUCGACGCAAAAGACGUCGUGCCGUAUCUGACAGACAAGCUGAGCUGGAGGGUUCUCAAGGGCGACGGCACAUCCCUCCCACAAAAAGAUCUCGGCCCUCUCACCUUCGAAGUCGUCAGCACGAAAGCGCACAUCCCGCACGACGCCGACAAGCCCAUCUCAUACAGCGAAAAAGUGGUCAAACACCCCGAGGUCACGAGCGGCAAAGCCGGUGGCGUGGCAGCCUGA